GUUAUCAUAAUUAUUCCUAAGUUCAGUAUAAUCAUUCGCCACAUCUGUGGUAUCGAAAUGCGGCUUGAUAUUAUACUUCAAAUAAUAACAUACUGCACACUAUUGCUGACCAGUUAUAUUCCAUCAGUUGACAGCCACAUACCUAGCUACGUCGCCACUCCAUCGAAUAAAAAUGAGCAAUUCUGUCAGCUAUCAGACAAUUGCAUGCACGAUACGGUUCGUAUCUGUGGCACUAUGGGGGACCAGAAGAGAACAUUUUUAGACAUGUGUGACCUCCUGGAGUUUGCUUGUGAUACCAAUCAGAUUUAUACUCACGUUGAUGAAAUGGAAGGAUGUCCAGAAGAACCAAAUUACCCUCCUAAAGGAUUUGAGUAAAUAAAGGAUUUAAUUUAAUUAAACUUGUUUUUCUUUU